CAAACAACAGCAUGGAUGGGAAAGAUGCUUCUGCUUGGCCAGAGAUUGAUAAAGCCGAAAAAGAAAACCGACGUGAGUUGGUACUUCAGGGAGCGAAUACUGACCAAAGGAUUCAGUCAAAUGGGGGGCUGAUCUCAAAGCUUUACUCGCUCACACUGCUAAAUUACCUAGAAAUCAGUCAGUGUCCUAGCUUGACUGAAGUCAGUGAGAACAUCGGCAAUCUGGUCCAUCUCCAGAGCCUGAUACUUUGCAGAAAUAAGAUCGCGUCCUUUCCCAAAUCCAUUGGCAAUUUAAAAAGUCUGAAAGUUUUCGAUGUUUCGGUGAAUGAGUUGCAGAACAUUCCUGAGGAGGUAUCCCAAUUGAGUGAACUCAACACCCUCAACGUCAGCUGCAACAGCAUCACGUCGCUGCCAGCGGGUCUGAGUCAGUGCACCAAACUCUCCAACAUCAACGUGUCAAAGAAUGGCCUCACGUCUCUGCCCGAUGACCUGUUUUCAGAUAAACUGGAGCUCCUCAGUACCAUCGUCGCUUCAGAGAAUGCCAUAGAGGAGCUGAGUGCAGAUGUUAGCAACCUGUCAGCGCUUAAGGUGCUAGACCUGUCCGGCAACAAGCUGUCAGAGCUGCCCUUUGAGCUGGCCGACUGCUCCAAGCUGAAGGAGAUCAACUUCAAGGGCAACAAGCUGAAGGACAAGAGGCUGGAGAAGAUGGUCAACGGCUGCCAGACCAAGUCCGUCCUGGACUACCUGCGGGUGGGGGGUCGCGGCCGGGGCAAGGGGAAGGCACAGGUGGAGGCUGGGGGAGAGAAAGGUGAUGCUGGUGGUGGUGUUGCUCGUAACACCCCCAAGAAGAAGGGUGGAGGUAAGGGGAAGAGACAGCAGCAGCAGGAGGAGGACGAGGAGCUGAACAAGAUGGUGCUGAGGGUGCUGCACAUCUCCGACAGCCCCACGGCUGUCACCGUCAAGGUCGCGGCGGAGGUCAAGGACGUGCGGCCCUACAUCGUCUGCUGCGUCGUCAGGGGCAUGGCCCUUAACCCCGGCAAUGCUCUCAAACGCUUCCUCAUGGCACAGACCAAGCUUCAUGAUGAUAUCUGUGGUAAACGCACGACUGCCACCAUCGCCACCCAUGACGUGCAGCUAGUCAAGAGCCCCCUGCUUUAUGAUGCCCGCACUCCACAAACACUCAAGAUCGUUCCUCUGGGUCGUAAGGAGAUGAAUGCUGUGGAUCUGUUGAAGCAUCUACAGCAGGAAGCUGAUGAACAGAGGAAACAGAAGAAGCGACAGAACGUCUCUGGACUCCACAAGUAUCUGCAGCUUCUGGAUGGGAAGUCCCACUACCCCUGUCUGGUGGACAUGGAGGGACACGUCAUAUCAUUCCCACCCAUCACCAACAGCGAGAAGACCAAGAUUAAGAAGAGUACUAAGGAGCUUCUCCUGGAGGUGACGAGUUCCAGCAGCCUACAGACCUGCAAGGACGUCAUGGACGCCCUCAUCAUGAAAAUGGCAGAGCUAAAUAAACUCACCUUCGAGCAUAAGGAAGCGGAUGGGUCAGAUGGAGAGGCGGCUGAGUCAGAACCAGCACCAGCAGAGGGAGAAGGACCCAGCACCGGCCCAGAACUGGUGAUACAGCAGGUCCGCAUCACAGACAUGGACGGGAACCUGAAGGUUGUCUACCCGUCCAAAACCGACCUCACCGCAGAGUCCAGCAUUGUCACAGUCGUACGAUAGUACAGGGGACAGGGAGAAAAAGAAUAACACUCAACAGGGGACAGAGCGCAACACAACAACAUUGCAUGAAGCUAAACGAAAAAACUGCAGAGAUGAUUAAAGGGGAAACUCAAACGUAUGUUUAAUUUUUUAACACUGCCAAAUAAAUUGAUCGAACAGGUUUUGCAGGGUUCUACUACCUUCAGAGUUUGAAUUUAAUAGCACUUGAACUCGUCUUCAAUUUAAAACAAAUGGAUAAUGUAUGAACUUAUGAAAUGUGAAUAACAUUGGCUAAUAUCACAAUUUUGUUAUAUUGUGUAUAAUGUUGCUAUUGCUUUCCUACUUUGUACAGUGACGUAAAUACACUGUGCAUGACUCCGUUUUGCUGCUGUAACAGUGCAACGCUUUUUGUCAUGAACUUAAACUGUACAGUCACUUGAAUAGUAAUGUAUUGUACACAGCUGAAAUGUCACCGUUUCACUCCUGAGUUUUAUUCAUUCAUAUUCAAUAAACUGUACUACUCACUCUGA